CGCGCCGCGACGCACUUCCGGCUCCUUAAGGGAACGUGUCCCUGGGCGCCGCCGAGGCCGCCUCCGCCGGGCCGGAAGUGCGGACUGCGUUGGGGACUGGAGACGAUGGAGCAGGCCGAGGCGCACAACGGGAGCGGGGCCGGCGACGCCUCCUCGGCCGGGGCGGCCGGGGCUCGGCCUCCCACCACUCCGGAGGGCAUGGCGCUGGCCUACGGCAGCCUGGUGCUCAUGGCCCUGCUGCCCAUCUUCUUCGGGGCGCUGCGCUCCGUCUCCUGCGCGAAGGGGAAGGUGAGGCGGGGGAAGGGGCGAGGGGGGCGGCCAGGGCAGGACCCUCUCCCGCUCCGAGGCGGGAGGUCGCGGCCCGCGCCCGCCAGGGGCCGGCGGAACUCCACGAGACAUGAGGGGGGCUUGUGGAGCAGGAUGAGGGGGAGACGCAGCUCUCGGGGGGUAGAGGGUAUCUGCCUGGCAUGCAGAACGGGCCCCCGGCUCAGGGCACACCCAAAACGGUAUUUCCAGGUAGGGCUGCGAAGGAUCCCCCGCCUGCAGGUCCAUCCAGCAGCUGCCAGUCAGUGCAGGCAGUACUGGGCCAGGUGGACCUAAUGGCUUGACUUUUUCUUCUCUGGCGAUCACUCGUAAUUAUUAUUAUUAUUAUUAUUAUUAUUUAUACCCCAGCCACUCUGGGCGGCUUCCAACAAAAAUAAAAUGCAGUCAUCCAUCAAACAUUAAAAGCUUUGCUAAACAGGGCUGCCUUCAGAUGUCUUCUAAAAGUCUGGUAGUUGUUGUUAUCUUUGACAUCUGGUGGGAGUAAGAUCGUAGCCGAGUAAGAUUAUCUUCCAUAAACACGGUUUUAACAAUGAGUCCGUAAGUGACGGUGGAGGCCAAUUCUGGAUCCACACGUCCUUCCACAGUGGGGACAUUGGUUUCCAGGUGGCAGUUGAUCACGGUGAGGGUUUGCCAAGCGUGCCUUCCUCUUAGCACGUUUCUCCCUUGCGUCCUGAGUUUGAGUGUCUUCAAAGCCCACGACACCUUUGGUAAAGGGUUGACUUGGGUAAAUGGUUUACUAGCUUCCCAUAGAAUCAUAGGGCUGGAAGGGAUCCCAGAAGACCAUCCAGCCCAACCCCCUGCAGUGCAGGAAUGGCUGCUGAAGAACCCCUGCCAGGUGGACGUCCAACCUCUGCUUAAAUGCCUCAGGUGGAAGAGAGUCCACCCCCUUCAGAGGGAGCCCGCUUGGCUAUCAAAGCAGGUUCCAUGUUUCUUGUGAAGGAGGUUGGUGCCGUUGGCCGUGGUUAGCCAUGGUGGCUAAGUGGAGCCUUUGUGCACAGAGAGAGUCUAUCCCUGAAUAGCAGCACAUGGUAAGAGGGAGCAGAGGGACAUUACGUUCAUGGGGUUCUUGUGUUCUUGGACUCCGUGAAGGAGCGUCUCCACUCCCAUCGUUCUGCCUGGACACUGAGGUCCAGCACCGAGGGCCUUCUGGCGGUUCCCUCACUGUGAGUAGCCAAGUUACAGGGAACCAGGCAGAGGGCCUUCUCGGUAGUGGCACCCGCCCUCUGGAAUGCCCUCCCAUCAGAUGUCAAAGAGAAAAACAACUAUCUAGCAUUUAGAAGACAUCUGAAGGCAGCCCUGUUUAGGGAAGUUUUAAAUGACUGAUGUUUUAAUGUAUUUUUAAUCUUUUGUUGGAAGCCACCCAGAGUGGCUGGGGAAAACCAGCCAGAUGGGUGGGGUAUUAAUAAUAAUAAUAAUAAUAAUCCCUGACACCCCCUCCAGUCUUUCGGCUUGCAGCAGGCGUCUUUGCUUCCUCCCAGUACCUGAAUAGCCCAACUAUAGUUCUGUGAUUCUGUGUGCUGAUGCCUGUGUUAGAAAGCAGGGCCCUCUUUUCAUACAUGUAGUGUGGUGAUGGCGUGUUCUCCCCACAUGCUGCAAUUAGGUGCCCUGUCUAAUGUUUUUCUUUUUACUUCUGGCCAUGUGCAGAGCAUAGAAUCAUAGACUUGUUGAAUAGGAAGGGAACCUGAAGGCCAUCUAGUCCAACCCCCUGCAAUGCAGGAAUCUCAGCCAAAGCAUCCUGCCUCUUGCACCCUUCCCUUGCUGCCUCCUGAGUUUUGCAUUAGGCCAUUGGUCCCAUCUAGCUUUGCAUUGUCUACCUCAGCAGUUCUGUCUCCUUUCCUUGGUAUCUCCUGGGGCUGUGUGUGUUUGUGUGUGUGUGUGUGUGUGUGUGAAAAGCAUGCACUCCAGCAAGUGUUUCUUCCUUUCCAAGUUGAAAAAGGAUUCACUUUGCUACAUGCAGUAGCGCUGGCCUAUUUAGCACAGGACUUUUUGUUCCUUUGCUCUUGAGUGUGCACCUUGGGGAGAACUUGGGACGGAAGGAAGGAGGCCAACUGACGUGUUAGCAGGCAACAGGGCCAAAGUGGAGAGCAUGUCCCUCCUCCUUAGAUGCUUGAGUGCUUCCUUGGGCAGGCAGUUGGGGCUAGCUGUGUGCUGACGAGCUGCUUCUGUAGAGAAUUCAUGUUUUGCAUAUGCUACAUUCGCCCCUUUCUGUACGUUUCCCUUUAUGAAAUUGUGAAUGUUGUGUAGGCUGCAGAUAAGAAAGAAAAAUACAUAAUCUUGGAUUCGUGCACUGAGGCUGGCAGGAAUCAGUUUUUUUAAAAAAAAGAAAUACUUCACCUGAUACAUAAUUAACAUCUGUUGUUUUAGUGCUGGAAGCUGUGGGGAGGGCACUGGCAUAAAUAAAGUCAUGGAAUCGGUUGGUGGCUCCAGCCCAAGAUGGUCAGACCUGUUAAUUUCUUUAGGGGUGGUAUAAUUCAGCCUUGCAAACAUACUCACAGAAGUUAUGAGCCUGGAAACAAAAGGGGAACCUGUUCUCUUCCAACUUCCUUCAGUUUCCGUUUCUGAAUUUUGGAAGGGAUGCCGACUGUCCACAGACUAUUUCAGGUCUGCUAUAACAACAGGUUCCCCCAGCCACUCUGAGGAGCAGGUGGAUUGAGCCACCAUUGUCGUAUUAAAAAGUGCCAAAAUAAUUGCAGGCUGAUACCUCAACUGGCCAUGUAGCGCUCCAUUGAAAGGUACCGUAUUUUUUGCUGUAUAAGACGCACCCAGACCAUAAGACUCACCUAGUUUUUGGAGGAAAACAAGAAAAAAAAUAUUCUCAAUCUCAAAAGCCAGAACAGCAAGAGGGAUCACUGCGCAGUGAAAGCAGCAAUCCCUCUUGCUGUUCUGGCUUCUGGGAUAGCUGCGCAGCCUGCAUUCGCUCCAUAAGACGCACACACAUUUCCCCUUAGUUUUUAGGAGGGGAAAAGUGAGUCUUAUAGAGCAAAAAAUACGGUAUUUGUCACAAAAAUGUCUUCAGAACAAGAAGCUGAAAAACAAUGAAAAAGGUGUUUGUGUGAGUGUAUCAGAGCAAAUUUCCAUAUGACGCAUUCCAAUAGGGAAACUAAUUUGCCUCUGAGUGUGCCUGGCAACCCCAUUGCUCAAGUUUCCUGAGGGCUGUAAAAGCAGAUGUGGUUAAGUGGAUGCAAUAUCUGCCCUACAUUGCAGUUAUUCUGCUUCCAGUGGGAAAUAGGGAAGAGCACAUUGGUCACUGUCCAGGCUGAUGGGCUAUCUUGUAACACUAGAACUCGGGGACAUCCAGUGAAGCUAAAUCUCCAAAGAUUCAAGACAGGUACAGGAAUGUCCUCCUUCAUGCAAUGCAUAGGUAAACAAUGGAAAUAGCUCCCACAGGAGGCAAUGAUGGCUACCAAUUUAGAUGGCUUUUUAAAAAGGAUUGGACAAAUUCUUGGUGGAGGAGAGGGCUAUCAGAGGCUACCAGCCACGACGGCAAUGGUGCGCUUCUGAAUAUCAGUUGCUAGAAACCUCAGAAGGGGUGAGGGCUCUUGUGCUUGAAUCCUGCGUGCUAGUUUCCCAAAGGCAUCUAAGGGAAUAAUAGGAUUCUGGACUAGAUGGGCCAUUGGCCUGUUCCAGCAGGCUCUUCUUGUACAGUCAUACAUAGAAUCAUAGAAUCAUAGAAUUGGAAGAGACCACAAGGGCCAUCGAGUCCAACCCCCUGCCAAGCAGGAAACACCAUCAGAAAUACAGUGGUGCCCCGCAAGACGAAUGCCUCGCAAGACGGAAAACCCGCUAGACGAAAGGGUUUUCCGUUUUUGAGUUGCUUCGCAGGACGAAUUUCCCUAUGGGCUUGCUUCGCAAGACGAAAAUGUCUUGCGAGUCUUGAGAUUUUUUUUCCGCUCCCCCCCCCUUAUCUAAUCCGCUUAGCCUUUAAUAGCCUUUUAGCAGCUAAUCCGCUAAGCCUUUAAGCCUUUAAUAGCCGCUAAACCGCUAAUAGUGCUAAUCCGUUAAGCCGCUAAUAGGGUUGCUUCGCAAGACGAAAAAACCGCUAGACGAAGACUCUCGCGGAACGGAUUAAUUUCGUCUUGCGAGGCACCACUGUACCUCGGGUUAAAGUACGUUUCCGAGCACAAUUCAAAGUGUUGGUGCUGACCUUUAAAGCCCUAAACGGCCUCUGUCCAGUAUACCUGAAGGAGCGUCUAAACCCUCCUUGGUUCAGCCCGGACACUGAGGUCCAGCGCUAAGGGCCUUCUGGUGGUUCCCUCACUGCAAGAAGCCAAGUUACAGGGAACCAGGCAGAGGGCCUUCUCGGUAGUGGCACCCGCCUUGUGGAACGCCCUCCCACCAGAUGUCAAAGAGAAGAACAACUACCAGACUUUUAGAAGACAUCUGAAGGCAGCCCUGUUUAGAGAAGCUUUUAAUGUUUGAUGUAUUACGGUAUUUUAAUAUUUUGUUGGAAGCCGCCCAGAGUGGCUGGGAAAACCCAGCCAGAUGGGCGGGGUAUAAAUAAAUAAAUUAUUAUUAUUAUUAUUAUUAUUAUUAUUAAAGUAGCUUCAGGUUGAGCAUUUUCAGGUUGCGUUCCGCGGCGACCCAGAAGUAAUAGUACGGGUUACUUCCGGGUUUCGUCACUCGCGCAUGCGCAGAUGCUCAAAAUGACGUCAUGUGCAGAAGUGGUGAAUCACGAUGCGCAGACGCGGGUUGCGCUCUGCUCAGGAUGCAAACGGGGCUCCGGUACCACUGUAUUCUUAAUAUCUUUGCUUCUAGAGUUCUGAAUAAGGUAUCCUUUCCGGCCUAAGGGGCUAACAUUUGACCAACUUUUCCUCUAGAAUGCUUCGGAUAUGCCGGAGACCAUUACCAGCCGAGAUGCUGCCCGCUUUCCUAUCGUUGCCAGCUGCACCCUCUUAGGCCUCUAUCUCUUCUUCAAAGUAAGUAAAACCACUGGGGAUCUUAUUGCAGUCUUCUGCUGGCUGACAGCUAAUCCAAUAACUCUCCCUUUUGUGGGUGCAGAGGAAGCAGAAUCGCUCCUGGGGAGGGGAAAGUGGCAGAAACCUUCCUGUCCAAAGUGUUCACAAUACAGUGGUGCCUCGCAAGACGAAAUUAAUUCGUUCCGUGAAUUUUUUCGUCUAGCGAAUUUUUCGUCUUGCGAAGCACGAAAUCCCAUAGGAAUACAUUGAAAAUCAAUUAAUGCGUUCCUAUGGUCAAAAAAAGUCCAAACAAAUCCAAAUUUGGUACAACAAGAGUUUAUUAAGUGCUCUUUAAAGUCACACAUACUGUAAAGAGCAUUUCAAAAUUCAAACCCAGAAAUUUUUUAAAAAAACAGCAGAGUGGCCCAAUGGUCACAGAAAAUCAUAAAAAUGCAGAAAAAAACACACAAGCUUCCAGAUUCUUGCAAACCCCUCCCCAACUGUUCCCCCAGCCACCCAGCACACAGAAAUUCAAAUCCAGAAUUUUUUUUAAAAAACAGCAGAGUGCCCCAAUGGUCACAGAAAAUCAUAAAAAUGCAGAAAAAAACACACAAGUGGAUGCUGUCCGAUGCUAGUAGAAGAAGGUUUUUCAUUUCCUGGAUCUGCCAGCUCAAGGUUUCCAGCUUUUGAAAAGGCUGGGUAUGCCUCUUCCAUAAGAGGAGGGUCUACUUGUACAAACAGUGUAAUAUCCUGGGGGGACAAUUCCAGCUUUUAGCUAUUUUAUCCAGCCUUUCUAUUCAGGAUUUCCCAAAACUAUGUACUUGGUAAAGUGGAUGAAACACAAAAUCACAGAAUUAAAAGCAGUGUAAUAGAACGAUAAAGGCAGCACCAUUGAAAAAUCAACGGAGACAACAGGAUAAUGUUUUAAAAGAACUGAAAUAUCUAAAAGUGGCAGAUUAGACAAAAUUAAUAAGAAGCAGCAGCUUUAUUUAGCCGAAAUAAAUAAAAAAUCCAUCCAUUGUCUAAAGGCAAAGAUGGUGCCCGGUGCAUCCCUGCUUGGCAGUGUGUGUGUGUGUUAAUCCAGGCUCCACAACCACCAAGAUGGCUCCCUACCUCAUGCUCUGGCAUAGGCAAACUCUAGCCCUCCAGAUGUUUUGGGACUACACUUCCCAUCAUCCCUGCCCACUGGUCCUCUUAGCUAGGGAUGAUGGGAGUUGUAGUCCCAAAACAUCUGGAGGGCUGAGUUUGCCCAUGCCUGCUCAUGCUCAUCAGCUUCACCACCCACAGGAUGGGACAGAGCAGGGCCUCCAGUACUAGCUGGAAAGGCUAGAGAGUGGAGCUGAUCUGAUCUGCUGCAUUGCCUGUUUCCCUUCCCCCUCGCACAGUGGUAGAUCGUCUUCUUUACACGCAGCAGGUACCAAGUUGCAUUUUGAAAAGUUUAGGUGAAGUGGGAAGAUAGAUCCAUUUAGCUCCAGUAAAAGUCCAGAGUGGAUUGCAGCAUCAAAUGAGUUUUGCAGUGUGCGCCAGGCCUGAGGAGACUUCCCCAGUGCUGUUCUCCUGACUGGCAUCCAGAAUACCUCGGAGGCCUAGCAUGGUUCCCCGUGCCGGUCCAGAUUGCCUCCUCUGAUCUGGUUGCAUGCAGAGUGGGUGCUGAUCUACUUGUUUGGGACACUGGAAACCCCUGGGUGUGGAAGGUGUGCAGAAAUGGACAUGCUUCCAUUCCCACCAGAAGUCUGGAUUCUGGUUGGUGCUGAAUUCUUCCCCAUCCCCGAUCUCUGGUAGUAGGAAGGCUGAGCACCUCUGCUAGAGAUCCUGGAGAUGUCAUGGGUAAGAUGGAGCUGUAGAAGGCACCUUCAUGUGACCACUUGCCUAAGCCAUUUCAAGUGGAAAUGGGUGGUGGGAUAUAUAGUUUCAUUUCAUUCCAACUGUUUGCAUACCGCUUAAUCACCAGAAUAUCUAUCGGGUAUACAGUUGGAUUACAGGAAACAUACAGUGGAUAAAAGAAAUUGAAAUUGAUCCUGAAGUCAUAAAAUGCCUGCUGAAAUAGAAAGGUCAUUGUCAUAGACGUGAUGGAUUGGCCUUGGAAAUUGUUAACUUCCUGGAUUCCUGCUGCAUUUCUGCCAGACAAAGCCAGCCUUGGGCAACUGGCAAUCACAGCCUGUACCGGCAGGAAAGGAAAUGGAAUAAUUCUGACUGGCAAUUGGUAUUUCCAGGGUGACUGUUUGUUCAUCGCACAGGAUUUGUAUCUUAGAGAUACGCAGAUAAGCUGUGUUGGAGGUCAGGAGAAUGGAGGCCUUUGUGAGGAACAACUGCAAAAGUGGUCAAGGUGACCAAAGAACAGUUGGUUACUGGUUCUAACAUUAGAAAGCUUUCAUUGUAACUAUCACAGAGUUUUUCCAGUCAAGAACUUCUUCCCAACCAGCACGGAAAUAACCUUUAGAGGCAGCGCUAUUAGAAAAUUCAUGAAAAAGAACACACACACUUCUCCUAGGGGAGAAGAAAACCAUCUGAUCUGGGCAAUGAGACUGGGCAGAGAUGAUGCCCAGACCCCUGGUCUGGCAUAAGACAGCCUUCUCUAACCUGGUGCCCUCCAGAUGUUUCUGACUACAACUCCCAUCAGCCCCAGUCAGCGCAUACUGAUGGGAGUUGUAGUCCUAAACAUCUGGAGAGCUGCUCACAUCUGUCAGAAAUUAAAAGAAAGCAAAAUUACAGCCUUGUGGCUUAGAUGUGAAAGUUUAAAAGCAGUAAUUAUGCUUCCGGGUUGUUCUUCCUCUGUUUUGACACGUUGCAUAGUUAGAAAGCAGGCUGUUUAACCUGACUGGUUUUUCUUGUCUUCUAGAUAUUCUCUCAAGAAUACAUCAACCUGUUGCUCUCCAUGUAUUUCUUUGUCCUGGGGAUCCUUGCCCUUUCCCACACCAUCAGGUAAAAGAAGGAGAACAGAUGGCUUGAAUACUGUGUGUUGCGAUUCCAUUUAAAAGAAAAAGAAAUCUGAACCCUGCUGGUUGCAGCAAAACAGCCUAAACUUAGCUGGCAUUUUUAUUUAAAGCAAAAUUAGAGGGCCUGUGCUGGGGAUGCUGAGCAAUACGGCUUCAUCAAAUAGAGUUAUCCCUCACUCCUCUCAGCUCUUUCCUGCCAUUACAGGAGUCUUCCUUCUCUCCGCACGCCUCAAUAAAUUUCCCUUCAUUUCUCGCUCUAGAACAAACAAAGCCAGAGAUCUCUUCAGAAAUUGCUUUUGGGACAUUGGGGCCUUCCCAGUGGACACUGUUAGCUAAUAUUAUCCCAGAGUUGGCUGCUUCCAAAACUGCUCUUCCAUCCCUCAGCUAUAUAAUAAAUUUUCCUCUGUUUGAACCAACUAACAUUUCAGGAUGAGGAGGAGAAGGGAUGAGAUCAGAGGUUUGUUAGCAGAGCUGGAGGUUGGUAGCAUGUCUCUGACUCCGCAGCUCAGGGUUUUUCAGACUGAGGGCUGCAUUUCCACAUGCCAGCGGCGGGUGGGACCAAAAGCAAAUGUGGGUGGAACAAUGAAUGCAGAAGCCUAGUUUCUGCUGCCUUUCUGUCCUCCAUCCCGGCUGGCAAGGGGCAUUAUCAGAGUUAAAGGGUGCAUUCCAGGCAGGGAAAAGCCAUGCAAGCAAAACUAGGAAGUGCUUUUCAAGUGUCUCCUGGGAGUCCCCUUUUCAGGGUGUUCUACUUCCCUCUGACAUGGGAGACAGGAAAAUAACACACCUGGCCAAUGAAUGUCAGCAGUCUGCAGUGCCAUUCACUGGGUGAAGAGGCAAAUCAAAAUGUUUCCUUGGCAAAGGGAUCCGCUUAAAUCCUUGGCUUUGUAUUUUUGCUGAAACGGUCACUGUUCUGCAAAAACACCACACCCAAUAAGCAGGAUGGUGUUGGCAUCUAUAAUGGCAUGGCUCAGUCUUCCUAAAAUCCUUGCCAAAUUGUGCCUUGAAAAAGGAGUUCAUACCCACUCUUUGAACACUACUUUUAAUGAGCUGCUGGUGGUCAAUUCCAGGGUCUCUGCAUCUCAGUACAAAAAAAACACACACAAAAACCUUAGCUGCCUUUGGGGGCAAUAAGGCCCCCCUCAUACCUGCCCCCCCCCUUCCUACCUGGCCCCAUCAGGAUUCAAAUGAAAGAUGCACAGUGCAGCUGAAAUUGGCUGUUUCUUACCAAAUUCAAAAUGAAGCUCUCUGGGUCAGCUUAAUAUUGAGUCUCUCUUUUUAGCUGGUUCUUAGCGUGGGGCUGGUGAUGAUGCUGGGAACUCUUCAUACAGGUAGCAGCUCUUAAACAUGACCUCCUCCCGUAUUUUGUCGUCAUGAAUAAAGACAUCCCUGAGGGGGUCAUUUGACCUGUCCUUAAAGGCGAUGGCAGAGGGUGGUUUAGGCCUUGCAAAUAACCUCACACAGGUUAUUAGCCCACUUCGUUCAAGUAUAAAAUGUGUCCCUAAAGGGAAAAAGGAAACCAUGGUUUGCAAGACUUCCUUGCCUGGAGCCAGUUUUUGUGUGUGCCUCUUUACAAGCUUGGCUCAGUUUCUGCUGCAUGUGUGUGCAUUAGGCACUUGACUGGGGCGAGCACUCAUUGAAGACUUUUGAGCUAAACUUGAGGCCGACAGGAAUACUUAGUGGGUGACACCCCGCUGCCCUCCUCUCUUAAUAAUAAUAAUAAUAAUAAUUUAUUAUUUAUACCCCACCCAUCUGACUGGGCUUCCCCAGCCACUCUGGGCGGCUUCCAACAAAAUAUUAAAAUACAGUAAUUCUUGGUUCUUCAUGAGUCACCUUGUCCCUUCUCUGCUCUUGAUUUCAGCCCCGUGAUGAACAAAUUCUUCCCGGUCAAUUUUCCCAACAAGCAGUACCAGCUUCUCUUCACUCAGGGCUCUGGGGAAAGUAAAGAAGGUAAGUCCCUCUCUGCCAGCCAGCUCGAACUCCCGCCUGAAGCAUUUCCUGUGCAAAUCCUACAUUUCCCCUGGCUUGCCUGUUGCUUCCUGAUUUUCCCCAACUUGAAGGCCAUCAGUAGCCUUGCCUGCAGUUUUCUGCUUUGGCUAGUGGGCUCUCCCUGGAGUUUCUAAUUCUUUCAAUAUGGCCAAUAUACCGGGCAAGUGUCCUAGGCACCCUUGUCUUCCAGUCGUCACACCACUGUUGCUGUUUCUAUGCCCACACAGGCAGCAAACACCUGUGGAGUGAUGGGCUUUAAAUAAUAAAAAAAUCAGAACUAAGAUAAAACAACUACAUACAGUCAGAGAAUCAGCUGAAUAUCUAAAACCUCUCUUAAGUGGGUCUUUCUGCUUGCAGAGCUUAUGGCCCGUCCCCCAGCCCAUAGUUCAGUGGCAACAUGCAUUAUUUGCAAGAUCCAUCAUUUCCAUUCGCUGGAUUUUGGAGAGUGGGGCUGGAUAAGAUCUCUCUUUCUCUCUCUCUCUCUGCCUCUCUGCCUCUCUCUGUGCCUCUCUCUGCCUGCAAACCUUCAACAGUCUAGGUGGGUCAGCGGUCUAGCUUAAGUCAGCUUUGUGAGCUCAUAAUCUAGGUGCGAAAACAAGCGUCGCUUCUCUUAGCUCUUUGCCAGGGUGCCUGGGUGCUGCCUAUCCCUUACUCUUGCUUUGUAUUAAAAGAGGCUGAUAGAGGUGAAAACGACGUGGUGGCUUUUGUUGCAGAGAUUGUCAACUACGAGUUCGACACCAAGGACCUCGUGUGCCUGGCCAUGAGCAGCAUCGUUGGAGUCUGGUACCUGUUGAGAAAGGUACGUCCAGCACCUGGCAAAGCCUGGGCACCACUUUCCUGUUUGCCUAAAAUUCUGGGUGUGCCUGGGGGAGUUGGGAGGCAAGGGGGUGAGCUGCGCUGGUGCUGUUUUUAUUGUAAUUAUCUCUUUUGUUUUUAAUAGAUAGGGGAGAGGGAGAGAAGAGAUUUAACCCUAGCAGUGUUUAAUUGCUUUUAAUGAUGGUUCCCCCCCUCUGAUUUUACCUUUUUUAUUUUUAUCUGUAAGCCGCCUUGAGUGCCUGUCAGGGGAUAAGGCGGGGCAUAAAUAAAUUAAUAAUAAUAGUAAUUUUAGUAAUUACAGUGUUACCUUGGGUUGUAUACGCUUCAGGUUGCAGACUCCACUAACCCAGAAAUAUUACCUCGGGUUAAGAACUUUGCUUCAGGAAGAGAACAAAAAUCGUGCUCCGGCGGCGCGGCAGCAGCGGGAGGCCCCAUUAGCUAAAGUGGUGCUUCAGGUUAAGAACAGUUUCAGGUUAAGAACAGACCUCCGGAACGAAUUAAGUUCUUAACCCGAGGUACCACUGCAGUAUAGAAAUAUAUAUAAUAUUUAUAUUUAUAAUAUACAGUCAUACCAAAGUUGCUUCAGGUUGGGCGUUUUCGGGUUGCUCUCUGCAGUGACCCGGAUGUAACAGAACGCGUUACUUCCGGGUUUUGCCACAUGCGCAGAUGCUCAAAAUAACAUCACACGCAUGCGGAGAAGCAUGCUUCAGGAUGCGAACGGGGCUCUGGAACGGAUCCCGUUCGCAUCCAGAGGUACCACUGUAUAUAUAAAUUUAAUAAUAUUAAUAAUAAUAAUAAUAAUAAUAAUAAUAAUAAUAUCCUGGGUUUUGACCUUCCUUGCUCUUUUCCCAGCACUGGAUUGCCAACAACCUCUUUGGCCUGGCCUUCUCUCUCAACGGGGUGGAGCUGCUGCAUUUGAACAAUGUCAGCACCGGCUGCAUCCUCCUUGGGGGUCUCUUCGUCUACGAUGUCUUCUGGGUAAGCAAGUGCUGGUUUCUCAGGGUUUCUCUAAAUACUUUAUUUCUACUUACUGCAUUUAUAGCCCACUUUUCCUGCAAGGAGCUUGAGGUGUGGGGUUCAUAGUUUUCCUCCCCGCUGUUUUAUCUCCAAAACAACCCUUUGAGGUAGGAUAGGCUGGGAGGCGGUGACUGGACCCCGGGGUCACCCGCUGGGCUUCAGGGCCGAGUGGGGAUUGGAACCCUGGUCCCUGUCAAACCAUUACACUGCGCUGGCUCCUCCUUGGGGAUCUAUGGCAGAGCGAGUUCAUGCCACCGUGUGGCUUCUUACAUUCUUGUGUUACCAGUCUGUCUUAUUUAUUUAUCGCAUUCAUAUUCAGCCUUUUCCUCCAAGGAGCUCAAGGUGACACAUGUGGUUCUCCCCCUCCUUUAAUCCCUACAACAAUCUUGCGAGUUAGGCUAGGUCGAGAGGCGGUGACUGCUCCAGGGUCGCACCCGGUGAGCUUCAUGACCAAGUAGGGAUUCGAACCCUGGUCUCUGCCAAGCCUUCGUUGGACGCUCUAUAACGUUGCUGUGCACCAUAAAAUACUGUGUACAGCAGUAUGAAAAUACUGUCUUGAAAAUGUUAAAAUCAGUAAAGCAUAAUCAUUAAAGUAACCAGCUGCUCAACACUGAACAAUUUCCUAGGCCUUUCAGCAUGGAAAAGUCUUCAAGAGAUGCCUGAAAGUUAACAGAGAGGAUUCCUUAUGAAUCUUCUGACAGUUAUUCUCCUAAGGAAGGCCUGGUCUCCAUUGGGUGGCUGCCAUGGUGUGAAUGCUUAAGCUGCAGUCAUCAUCCUUCUCACCAUUCUUCUCUCUUCCCUAGGUCUUUGGCACCAACGUUAUGGUGACGGUUGCAAAGUCCUUUGAGGCACCCAUAAAAUGUGAGUACUUGGUUUUUGAAACCUUUGGUGGCAGGAGCGGUGGCUAACUGAGCGACGCUGCAGCUUGAGCAACAGAGAAAGCGUUUCUUGUAGAGCAGGGUAUGCAAAACCUCCAUCCCGAGGGGCUAAUUCAACCCAACAGAGGUCCUGAACUGGCCUGCGGUGCCAGUUCCCUCAAAACCACUCCUUGCUGCCCCAGCCCUGACCUCAGGUGAGAGGCAGGUAUAGGCUCACUGCUGUGGCUUUGGAGUAGGUUCACUUUGGUGUCAGGUGACUGCUGGGCAGCCCCGCCCCCCUGUCAAAUGUUUGGUGGUGGGAUCUGGUCCACCCCUUCCUCUGAGCAGUAUUAGCCCAGCAAGAAAAGAUAGAGCUCAUUCCUUCAGCUCUUGCUCUAGGGCCACUGGCUGCUUUGGGUGCUCACAAUCCCAUCCUACCCAACCUUAGGAAUAAUAAUAAUAAUAAUAAAUUUUAUUUAUACCCCGCCCUCCCUGGCCAGGAUCAGGCUCAUGGCGGCUAACAUCAAAGUAUGAUACCUUAAAAACAUAAACAAUUGAUUAAAAUAAAUACUAAAAUCAAAUUUGGAGCAGAAUAAAAUAAGACUGCAACCCACAGAUUAUAACUAUAGGGGAUGGGAGCAUUGAGUGCUCACCAGGCCCAACUGUUUGUGCUGAUCUUAUAUGAACUGGUUGGUGGAAAGGGUUAGGGAGGCCACUUACAUACUGGGUGCUAUAACAAAAAAAGAGGGGGUGGGUCAGACUGGGCCCCGACCAAAGGCCUGUCAGAACAGCUCCGUCCUGCAGGCCCUGUGGAAAGAUGCCAAAUCCCGCAGGGCCCUGGUCUCUUGCGACAGAGCGUUCCACCAGGCUGGGGCCAGUGCCGAAAAGGCCCUGGCUCUGGUCGAGGCCAGUCUAAUCUCCUUGAAGCUCGGGACCUCCUGCACUGGGAGAGACACCAGUGUGUCUUUAAUUUUUUUCAAUUUAAAUUAAUUUUUCAUUUUUUUUACCAACAACCAAAACACAGUCAAACCCCCCCAGGCGACUGAUACAUUGGGUAUACAUAAUCAAUAAUAACAUAUUCAAAUCAACCAUAUGUACAAUUCUAUAUACAUUAGCGCUCCUCCCUCCACAAGGUUUAUUUAACUUUUAACAUUUUAAUUGCCCCAAAUUGUUCAUACCUGCCUAAAUAAUUCAAUAUCUUCUCAAACCAACCCUCCUCCUCCUCCUCCUCACUGACCUUAAACCCUUUCAUUUUGUGAAUCUUCACAGUUAGAUAUUCUAAGUUAUAAUAGUUCUCAGUUUUUCUUCAGAUCAUAUAAAUCUUUCGCCUUUUUACCGGUGUGUGUUUAAAGCAAACCUGCUGUAGUCUUUGAAUGACAAACUUGGACUCUCUCUCUGUCUCCUGCCAUGGACUGAACUUGCUUCUCCCCUCUUUCCUCUCUCCCAGUGGUUUUCCCCCAAGAUCUUCUAGAGAAAGGCUUGGAGGCCGACAACUUUGCCAUGCUAGGCCUGGGGGACAUUGUCAUCCCAGGUAAGGGGGUCGGGGAGUGUGUGACUAUGCGGCGGUUCAGUACAAUGGAACAGCCCCUCUGGCUCUCACUUGCUGCUCUUGGUUAUCGGCUGGAAAGAAGGAGGCAGCUUCUGCACUCCUGGAGAAAGGGAAGGAGGCUUAGCGGAGAAAUAGGAGUGGAGCUAGAAAGUUAAUUGGUCGUCCCACAUUCCAUAGCGCAUGGGUGGGGAACUCUUUUUGGCCCAGGGCAGGGUGGGGGGCAGGCCAUAGGCCAGUUCCCUGGAGGUGGGAGGGGAUAAUCCACCUGCCAAUCACCUGGCCCUGUUUUGACACCAGAUUGGCAAGUGAGUUAUCCUGUCGAAAGUUUUCAUUCCAGCCUCUGCUAAAACACAGCCUUUUCCCCAGUUGCCAGAAACUACAAGAGGGGAGACGGGACGCGGGUGGCGCUGUGGGUUAAACCACAGAGCCUAGGGCUUGCCGAUCAGAAGGUCAGCGGUUCAAAUCCCUAUGAUGGGGUGAGCUCCUAUUGCUCAGUCCCUGCUCCUGCCAACCUAGCAGUUCAAAAGCUCCUCAAAGUGCAAGUAGAUAAAUAGGUACCACUCUGGCGGGAAGGUAAACGGCGUUUCCGUGCGCUGCUCUGGUUCGCCAGAAGCGGCUUAGUCAUCCUGGCCACGUGACCCGGAAGCUGUAUGCCGGCUCCCUGGGCCAAUAAAGCGAGAUGAGCGCCGCAACCCCAGAGUCGGCCACGACUGGACCUAAUGGUCAGGGGUCCCUUUACCUUUACAAGAGGGGAGGGUGCUCUUGUGCUUGUAUUCUACUUGAGGGUUUCCCUGAAGGCAUCUGGUUGGCUGCAGUGUGGCAUAGGAUGUUGGAGUAGAUGAGCCAUGGACCUGAUCCAUUAGACCUCUUCCUAAGAGCUGUAUGACCUGUUGUCUAUCCCUGCCAGAGGUCACAGUGAGUCGCCUCGAUAUUGCUUUCAGCCACAAGGGGGUGCUGCGGCCUCAUGGACCAUAUUAGGAGCAGGGAGUCUUGAGAAGGGCAGCGUGGCUGAGUGGGUGGGUGCCUGGCACAGCCUCCUCCCUGUAGCCCUAACCACGACCCUUCCUCUCUCUCUCUCUUCUCCCAACCCGAACCAGGAAUCUUCAUUGCUUUGCUGCUGCGCUUUGACAUCAGGUAAGCCCCCUGCACCCCGCCCCCCCUUGAAUGUGGGAAAGACCACCUCUGGCAAUCCUGUAUUGCUGAGUGAUGCCCUUUUUGUGACAGUCUGCUCUUGGAAAACAUUCCAGUUGAGAGCAAGAGUGGCUGUUGUUGGAGGGUAAGGUGGGUUGGGGAACAAGGGCCCAGCAGGUUUUCUCUGGUCAUGCCUUUGUGGCCUGAUGGUAUCUCUCUGCUUCUUUGAGACAUUUUUCUCACCUGUUCAUGGCUUUGGGUGGGCUGUUAGGGAAGCUUUUCCUGCCCCGGAUCACCAUAACGCCCAUUUCUGCUUCCUUCCCUGACUCAGCCUCAAGAGGAACACGCACACGUACUUCUACACCAGUUUCGUGGCUUAUAUUUUUGGGCUGGGCCUCACCAUCUUCAUCAUGCACAUCUUCAAACACGCCCAGGUGAGCCGCCUUUACCUGCGUCAUAAGGCCACCUACCUGCUUGCAACGGCCGGUUGCCUCUUCUGGGAAAGCAGGAAGUUCUUUGAAUUGGAGAUGGAAAAGGGGAGGGGGCAGAUGAGAAAUGAGGAGUUUGGCACUGUUCCAGCAGCCCACUAGCAUCACGAUAGCUAGGUGUCCUGCUGGGACACACAGCUUCUCCCAUGUAAAAAGUGCAGACAUCACAGUUUCUAAGCAAACAGCCCCACACAGCAGCGAAGGCUUGCCUCUGGGCAUCUCACCAGUGACCCAGCUGGCCAGAAAGAGAGACGGCUGCCCCAGUCCUAGCUGGCUUGUUGGGUAUUCUUUUUAAGAGGGCUCCCGGCUUUAAGGGUUCAUGGAAGGUGACCCUCUUCUGGGUUUCAUUGCCUGAGGGGGGAAGGCAAAUGGCGAUCUCCCUUCAGCCAAAAACCCUCUACCAGCCAGGCCAGUAAUGACGGAGGUUGAUUCAAAUCUUGGUUCCCUCAAAGAGCACUGCAUUGGAAAGUUCCCUGGUGCUAGCUGAGAUCUGCUUCACAGAAACGUAGAAUUGCAGAUUUGGAAGGGACACCAAGGGUCAUCUAGUCCAAACCCCUGCAAUGCAGGAAUCUCAGCCAAAGCAUCCAGGACAGGUGGCCAUCCAACCUCUGCUUAAAGACCUCCAGUGAAGGAGAGCCCACCACCUUUUGAGGUAGUCCGUUCCCUUGUCAAACGGCUCCUACCAUCCAAAUUUUUUUCCUGAUGUUUAGUUGGAAGCUUCACCCAGAUCUGUUUUACAGAUAAGGCGAGUGUUUUGAGAAGAGCGGCUUCCCUGACCCCAGAGGCCAGUGAUCUCCCAUGGCCUGUUGCACUAGCGUGAGGCCUGAGCUCUAGCUUCCUAGGUCAGACCAACCUGGGGCCUCCGGGUGAGGCUGGACUCCCACCAACCCAGCCAGGACUGGUGGGAAUUGAUGUCCCAAGUACAGUGGUACCUCUGGUUGCAAACGGGAUCCGUUCAGGAGGCCCGUUCGCAACCUGAACAGAAUGCAACCUGCGGGUCGCAAUUCGCCACUUCUGCACAUGCGCAUGACAUCAUUUUGCGUGUCUGCGCAUGCGCGAGCGGCGAAACCUGGAAGUAACCUGUUCCGUUAAUUCCGGAUCGCUGCGGGACGCAACCCGAAAACGCGCAACCGGAAGCAAAUGUAACAUGAGGCAUGACUGUAUCUGGAGGAAGGGUUGCUUUAGGCCCAGCUCAGGAGUCUGCCUUUGACACUUAAACCACUUGGUGCCUUUGGCUUGGCAACUCUGACCCCACCCCUGCAAUCCCUGUGGUCAAUUUGUAAUUCUACCCUUGACCUUCCAACUUCCUUAGACUUGUCAGUGUGAAACGGUGAACGGACUUUUGGUGCAUCAAGCCUGGCCCUCCACACUAACGCUGUGCCCCUAUAGUUCCACUCCGUGCCCUAUUUUGGCCCAGCCCGUUUCUGUCUCCCGAACCUCGUUUCCAGCCCCCUCUCUCCCUUCUAACGCUUCCCACCCCCCUUGAUUUCCCCUCUCAGCCUGCCCUGCUCUACCUGGUCCCGGCCUGCAUCGGCUUCCCUCUCCUGGUGGCUCUGGUGAAGGGAGAAGUGGCAGAGAUGUUCAGGUAAGAGAUGCUUUGCGGCCACACGCCAGUUGCGAUUCUGCCCAGGCAGAUCCAGCCGGGUUGGGGGACUCUGCGGGGAAUGGGGCACAGCUGAGUCAGCUCCUGUUUCCUUCCGACAGCCUUCAGAGUGUGAAGUAGGCUUCUGAAAGGAGGUAAUAAUAAUAAUAAUAAUAAUUAAUAAUAAUAAUAAUAAUUUUUUUAUUUAUUUAUACCCCGCUCUCCCCAGCCGAGACUGGGCUCAGGGCAGCUAACAACCAAUAAUAAAAACAAGUUGAUUGAAAUACAACUUAAAAAACAAGAUUAAAAUACAACAUUAAAAGGUACAGGUGGGGAUGGGUCCAGCCAGCGUUUGGGUCGAGCCAGAAAGCUGAACGCCACCAGUGCCACACUGGAGACACUCUGUCCUCAUCCCAUCUGCUGGUUAUCAGCGUUUUCAUCUGCCAUGAGUCAGUGAAUUGGCCUUUGCCAGCCUUGUGCCCUCCGGGUCUUUUGGACUACAGUUCCCAUCAGCCAGCAUGACCAUUAAGAACACGAGAAGCACCCGCUGGGUCAUGGCCAGUGAGUGGCCCAUCUAGUCCAGCAUCCUCUUCUCACAGUGGCCAAACAGAUGCCCCAAAGGUGAAAUCCAAGGGGGGGUGGACCAAAAUAUCUGCGGCAGCAUAAGCAAACUCCUGUGCUCAGUUAAAGCAUUUUGAGAGUGGCAUGGAUGCCAGGAGUGGCCAAGGCACCUGUGGUUUGUGAUUCUUCUGGGCAGGAAGUGGGGGGCUUGUGGCUCUGCCUGCCUGGCCUGCAUGGCGCUGCUCCUUGUUCCCCAGCUCAGCAGAAUGGGAGGAGGAUAAAACCCCAAGGGGCAGGAAGCUGCAGCCUUGAGCUAAGAGGAGAGCUGACAGUAAUACCAAUCUAUUUCUCAUCUGGCAACCAAUGCGCCUCUUUGGUUCCAGAUAGUUCAUGACGAGUCUAAAAAGCCCUGGACACAAAUUUUCACGGCUCUCUAGCAGCUAUGGUGGCUUGUUUACCAGAAGUACCAUAUUUUUCGCUCCAUAGGACGCACCGGAUCAUAGGAGGGGGAGAACAGGGAAAUUUUUUUUCUUGUUCUCUCCCUCUAAAACAAGGUGCGUUCAAGGUACCUAAUUUUUUUUGGGGGGGGGGAAAUAAAGAAAAAGAAAUUCCCUCCCCAGGCACGGGGCAGGCGCGGGGGAAGCCCGAGCUUCCCCCGACCCCAGCCCCCAGAACAGCCUGCUAUCCGCAAGCCUAGGGAACCGAGCCGGUCUCCCCAGGCUUGUGGAGAGGUGCACGAAGCCCGGGUGCGCUCUUCAGUGAGCACCAGGCUUCGGAAUGCAGGCAGCUCUGCGCUACUCUCCGGAGCCCCGCGCGGCUUCGCGCUGGGAUCGGGAGGGUGGCGCGGAGCUGCAGGAAGCCCGGGAAAGCCUGCAUUCGCUCCAUAGGACGCACACACAUUUCCCCUUCAUUUUUGGAGGGGAAAAAGUGCAUCCUAUAGAGCGAAAAAUACGGUAAUGCAUUUAGCGUUAAAUCUGGAAGUGUUUACUCGAUUCUGACCAAACUAAGCCUCCUGGUUUCUAUUUUGCUCCUCCGCAGUGAAGCCGUUGUGCAGACACUGCCCGCGGGGUAGCAAAACUUGUCACUGACGGCCUGAGUGUUGGGGAGGUUACAACAGAGGGCCUUGUUAGAUCCAGCCUUGUUGAAAUACAGAGGAGUGCCUCUGAACAUGUGCAGAAAAUCCUCCCCCUUAAACUUCAGCUAGCUUUCAAACAUGCUGGGUUCAGGGUAAGACGACAAGCCAAGAAACAUUCUCUGAGUCAGGGCCACCUAGAAUCAGGGUCCCUCUGUGAUGGGCAGCCAGCCUCCCACAAAUAAAUAUUCAAAUCCCUGGGUCUGCUGCAAUUUAGGGGUAUUCCCCCCAAACAACAACUGGGGGAUGAGCAAGUGGGUCAGGCUCCCCAUUUCCAUAUCAGGUUCACAAAGGGGUCUGAGCGCCUCUGGGGUCCCUGCAUGGCUGGCAGCGAAAUCUGCGGAUGUGGAAAAGCAGCUGUGUGGUUCUGUGCCAGUCCUUGAGUUCUUCUCCCCACCCCACCUCCUUGGAAGCGCUGUGGGGUUUGAAGGGGGGUGGGAAGGAAGAGGAACUGGUGAUGAGAGUGAUGAGCGGAAGGGCCCCCACCCCAGGAAUCCCGGCAGGUGUCGUGUGGCCUCCCUCGGCCCUCUUCCAGGUGGCUUUGAUGAGCAGCCGGUUCCUGGGGGUGCCGACAGGUCUGAUGUGGCACAGCAGCUGGCCUCGCACCUCUCGGGGCACCCUGACCUUCACCCCGGGCAAGCUGUGAAGAGGGUACCUGCCCCCGCCAGUCCCCAGGGGGGCCUUUCUUCUGAUCAAGCCAUUCCUGGAGGAUUUCUUCUGUGCCGUUGUUGGGUUUUUUGCCUGUGUCGCUUUGAAUGAAAGGCUGGGGCAAGCGGGGAGGGUUUCAGUGGCAGGAAUUUGGGGUCCUGCCUGAUAUCUUGCCCUGCAGGGCCUCGAUGAACUGGUGGUGUUUAUACCUGGGAGAUCACCCACUAAGCCAUUUAUUUACUUUGUUUCAUAGAAUCUAUAUACCGCUUGAUUGUUAAAACACACACGCCGUCAAAGAGGUCUACCAAAAGGAAAAUCACCCAGAAGAAAAAUGAGCAACAAUAAGUUGCUCAAAGCGUUAGAACAGCAAUAGGCUGAAAACAGAUUAAAACUUGCAUCAACUGUCUGAACAAUUUACCGUAUUUUUUGCUACAUAAGAUGCACUUUUCCCCUCCUAAAAAGUAAGGGGAAAUGUGUAUGCGUCUUAUGGAGCGAAUGCAGGCCGCGCAGCUAUCGCUGAAGCCACGCAAAGCCUCUUGAGCGCAGCCAGAGUGCUCCUGCCUCUUCACUCAAGAGGCUUUGCGUUGCUUUCUUUGUUUUCCUCCUCUAAAAACUGGGUGCGUCUUAUAGAGCGAAAAAUACGGUGGCUCGGGCUGCUGGUCCCUGCCAGCUCUGCGUGUCCGAGGCACAAGGGACACUUCAGGGCUGGCCUUUGCCUUUCGCCAUCGGACAGAAAAACCCAAGCCAAAGUGUUUCUCAGAAGCGCAGGGCACAUUUGUACAUAGCGGGGCAGGUCUGCACAGAAUUGCUUUCAACCUGUUUUCCAGUGAAUUUUGAGCUUCCUUGAAGAGAGAAGUUUGGACGGGAUGAAAGUGUUUCUUAGAAACAGGGACCUGUGGUCACAAAGACCUGGACAGCAUCUCGUUGAGGGUUCAGAAUACCUUUGCUUCGUGGCUCGGCUGCUUUCAGAGCAAGGCUGCCACGUCCCGCCUUUGGUCCUGGGCUCCUUGCCCUCGCCACUCUGACCUUUUCUCACCUGGGCAGCCGUGGAGCAGUGCCAGCUGCAAGGUUUGGAGGGCCCUCAGGCAAGACACCCUCCCCUCAACCCGGCCUCCUUCCCUGCAUCUUCACCACUUGAGCCUGGCGCUCCUCAUCUUCCUCUUCCUCCUCGUCUCUCCCACUGCCUGGUUUGCUUCCCAGACAGGGAGCUCCUGAGCCAAGCAGGUUGCUGGCAUCUUCUCCUUCCUUCCUUCCGUUCCUCCUUUUGUUUGGGACAGGAGGGUUACAACAGUAGGGGCAGAAAGGGCUCGUCCACCUGGCAAGGUAGCCCAUCUAGGAGAAGGAAAACUCUGGUCCUCAACUUCUGCUGCAUUGUGGGACAUUUAGAGGGGGAAUAAAAGGUUAAGAAGCAAAGCCUACACAAGUGGAAUCCCUAAGGUGGCUGGGUGGCGCCUUGUCUGCUGUUGGGGUGCUUCCAAGGGAACGGGGGCAAUUUGCAAGCCCCCAGCUGGCUCCAGCCCCCUGGCUGGUAGCCGGGCGAUCUCCAGUCCUUGGCUCAGCAUGAAACAGCAAUCCACAGCUUCAGAAGCUGGAGCACAGCUCUAAUCAGCAGAGUAAAUAACACUGCUCAAACAGAAGUGGCAGGAGACGGCUGUGAGAACAUAUUUAUAGGCAGUUUAUUCACAAACAUGUAUUCUCCAAGAGCAAGCAGCAAAAGCAAUAGCUAUACACAAACGGGAAGGUCCCAGCAAGCUGUGCUGGAGUGUAAACAGGCAUGUGACAUAACAACAAUCCACACAUCUGUUUUAAGGUGGAACGGAAUAUCAGUAUCCUAACAUCCUCCCCCUUUCUGUGUAACCUGUAUCACCUGCAAUCCCUGCAGCCAAGCUGGGGCCAAAUGUCUCGUUCUGCUUUCCUUUGGGCCGUAUUAGCGAGGCUGAGAGGGGGGCCUUUUCAUCUGGGCAGCCCAGGACUUCCAUCCGCACUGCCCAGGCUUGCACCCUGGGGAUUUGCCAACACAGUGGUUUGACUUCACCCCUGGAGGUGCACUCCAUUGUCUGUCAGGACAGAUGGAUAGCAGCAACGGUGGUGGAAGAGUGGGGGGCUGGGGCUGUUCUGUUGGGUGGUUCUCCAUCUGUCGCCCGGCCAUGCUGGCCCUGGCAGUAGAGCCAGGUGAGGCGGGGGGAAAGCUGCGUCUCUGUGCCAUCUCCCUCUUUGCAGCCGCUCUCCCUGCCGUCCUUCCUAAGCCUUUCCCUUUCUCUCUCUCUCCUCCUCUCUGCCCUGUCUGUGUCUCUCUCCCUGCAGCUACGAAUCCUCCGCCGAAAUCUUGCCCCAUACCCCACGGCUCACCCAUUUCCCUAGCGUCUCCGGGUCUCCGUCCAGCCUCGCUGACUCCAUGCAGCAGACACUGUCCUGCUCCCACAGACGCCGGCAGCAAAACCCCAGCGCCAUGUAGCUCUCUCAGGCCUGCCUGUGUAGCCAGGUAGGGGGAGAUCCAAGAUUUAGACCCCAGGGACGGGGGGGGGGGGGCAGAGGAGGGAGGGAGGGUCUCGGUACCUUGAGUUGGCAGCUUCUGCAAAUGCAUGCCCAACAGGGACCCAUAGGUCCUUUCUCCCCACUUUCUGCACACCAAGAAGUACAUCCACAACCACCCCAUAAUGUACUGGUUGCACCUAGGUCCUUUGUCUCCUGGUGCUCUCCAGGGGGGCUGGACUACAACUCCCAGUCAGCACAGGCAUACAGUGCUAGGGCUUAUGGGGGGCAUGGCUGAGCUGGCAGGGGCUGAUGGGAAUUGUAGUCCAAAACAGCUGGCUGGUCCGCGGCUGGGGAAGAAGGGCCACGGGUUUAAUGCCUGGCAGACAGGGCUGCAGGAAACCCUUCUAGGUAUUAUUUGCAUUUUUAAAAAAGUUAUAUACCAUAGAUUCUGGCGUAUUGGGCGAAAGGGCGUAUAAGACGACCCCUCAAAUUGGCAGCUGCCAGUUAUAUGUGGCAGCUUCACUGGGCGGCUUCCUCCCAGCCUGGAGCCCGCCAACCCACUGCUGCUGCCCAGUGAACCCAUACCCGGCGUAUAAGAAGACCCCCGACUUUAAAGGAUUUUCCAGGGUUAAAAUGUCAUCUUAUAUGCCGGAAUCUACAGUAUAUGGAGAGCAGAUACACUGAAAUGGACUGGAGUUAUUAUGUCAGUGGAUCUGCUCUGAGUAGGACUAGCAUUGGCUAAAGCCCCAAGGCACCUCUGCAGUAGAACUGUUUCCGCCAGGAGGUGGCGUGGAAAUGCAGCUGGCCGAGGGCCAGAAUGGGAGUGGGGAGCUGGGGCAGGAGACGCCUCGGAAGGAAGGGCCUUAGCUCUGUGGCUGAGCACCUGCUUUUGAUGCAGAAGGUUGUAGGUUCGAGCCCCGAGGGCAUCUUGCAGGAGGCCUGCCUGGAACCCUGGAGAGCUGCUGCCGGCCAGAGUUGGCACUCAGGAGCAUGAAGGACCAGUGGUUCCUAUUGCCUGGCCAGUGGUCUGCAUCCUUCUCUCCCUUAGUUCCUGUGAGCCAAAUUUAGUAGAUGGGGAGGCUUGGCACCUGUAAACUUGUCUUCCUCCAGUGGCCUGGGAAAAGGUUGCGCUUAGGCUCCCAGUCCUAGAACCACAGAAUCGUGGAGCUGGGAUCCCCAAAGGUCAUCUAGUCCAACCCCCUGCAAUCCUCGAGACGGAAGGUGGUGGAAGUGAAGCCACUUCCACCCAUCUCGUCUCUGGUCCUCUUGCAACUGACUCUUUGCUCUGUCCUCUCUUCCCGGAGGUUGUUGCUGCAGCGGCAGCUUGCAUGCCUCCUACAGCGAACUGCCCCAGGCACAAGCCAGCGGGGAGUUUCUGCUGCUCCGGAGCUGCCUCACGCCCUUGCCCGGCCUCGUUGGCUCCAGCACAGGAAAAAUGGCGCCCUUGGCCGUUGGCACAGCCUGCUGUGGAGCUGGCACAGGGCUGCCUCCACGUGACUUGCCCUUGUCCCACUUGGUGCAGCAGAAUGAACACACCCAACCAGGCGCCGUUGAUGCGUUGAGGGGGUUCCUUGGGUUUGCUUCCCCACUCUUGCCCCCUGUUUCCUGUCCCCCACCCCCAUAACACAGAGCCAGGGAAGGCCGGGAGAAUAUCUUCUCUGCUUCAGGUACCCCAUCCGUUCCCGGCUGCCGUUGUUUGAAUAUCUGCUUUGUUCAUGGGCCUGAUUUGCAAAACCUUGCCAGGGCUGUGCCUUAGCUUAGAGGCCACGCUUCAAUUGCAGGGAAGGGCGCAGAGCUGAGACCUCUCAGAGAGCCCAAUGACCAAAGGCCUGGGGGGGGGGGAUAGAAGGGCAGGGCUUUCCCUUCUCUGCUUGAAAAAUAUGAUGUCACUGGGGAACUCUAAUCCAACACCUCCCGCCUCCCCGGAAAAAAGGUCUGAAUUCUGGGACAGUUCAAGCUCCUUAAGCUCCUUUUGCCUUUUCUUGCAAGGCAUUGGGGGGGGGGGGAGAGAGAUGAAGGUAUUGAAUAAUUGAGUUGUAAAAUUGGAAGGGAUCCCCAAAGGUCAUCUAGCCUAACCCCCUUGCAAUGCAGGCAUCACAAUUAAGUAGGUAAUAAUAAUAAUAAUAAUAAUAAUAAUAAUAAUAAUAAUAAUAUUUUAUUUAUAUCCCGCUCUCCCCAGCCGAAGCCAGGCUCAGGGCGGCUAACAACAGUAAAAGUAAUACAGCACUCUAAAAUCAACUCAGAAUCAAAUUAAUGGCAACCAUUGGGCUAGAGUUCUAUAAGGAUUACUGAAGGAGGGGGUCAGGCUGUGCCUUGGCCAAAGGCCUGGUGGAACAGCUCUGUCUUGCAGGCCCUGCGGAAAGAUGUCAAGUCCCGCAGGGCCCUGGUCUCUUGUGACAGAGCGUUCCACCUGAUUGGGGCCACGGCCGAAAAAACCCUGGCUCUGGUUGAGGCCAGCCUAACCUCCCUGUGGCCUGGGCCCUCCACGAUGUUUUUGUUUGAAGACCGUAAGGUCCUCCGUGGGACAUACCAGGAGAGGCGGUCCUGUAGGUACGAAGGUCCUAGGCCGUAUAGGGCUUUAAAGGUCAAUACCAGCACCUUAAACCUGAUCCUGUACUCCACCGGGAGCCAGUGCAGCUGGUAUAGCACCGGGUGAAUGUGAUCCCAUGGCAAGGAUCCUGUAAGGAGUCUCGCCGCAGCUUUCUGCACCCGCUGGAGUUUCUGGAUCAAGGGCAGCCCCACAUAGACCCAGUGGAGGUCCUCUCCUAGCACCCAGCUGCACUUCUCUGCACAAUCUGCCCACGUAUCUUCUAUACCUUUCUUCCGAGCUUUAAGGGCUAGAAACAUGGCUAAUUGUUUUGGUUUCAGAAAAGGAAGAGGCGUCUUUGUCUUUUGUGCUUGGGGACUUCCGCCACUUGCCCCAACUCUGUGUGCAGUUUUUGUCUCCCAGGGCAGGGCUGAGCUCCCGGCUGGAUCUUGUGCCUCUUGCCGAGAAGGCGGCCGCCUGACUUCACCCUCUCCCUCCCUCUUUCUCGUCUCUCCCCAGCUACGAGGAGAACUCUGCCCCCAAGGAGGUGCCCCCGGGAGAUGCCAAAGAAGGGAAGAAGGAGAAAUGACUGUGGGAUGCUCAGCCGGGCUGGGCUCCGUCUGCUGGCCGCCCGCCCUCCCCGCCUCCCCAUCGCAAGUGAAUUUCGUUUUUUAAAAGGCAACUGGAUCGUGUAACAGCCAUGUGUGUUUGUACGUGUGCAUCUGUCUGAAGACUGGCGGGGCAGGGGGUGGGUGGAAAGCAGGAGGAGGGGCCCCGUAUAUUAACCUCCUGCCUGCCUGCCUCCUUGCCUGCCUGCAGCUCCUCCUGUUCCCCCAGGGAGGAAGAGGACGGGGCAGGUGGGGGCAAGAAGGCAGCUUCACCCCUUCCGCCAACUGCCUUUUGACGCUCACUCCCCUGACCGCUGUUCAUUGUCUUGGUGGGAAGAAGGAAAUAUGGGAGGGUGGGGUGGGAGGGGAGAGAAAGGGAGACUAUGAGCUGAUUUUUAAAUUUUGUAUUGUGGAUUUGCUUCUUCUCAUAUUAAAAUGAAACAAAACAAAAAAAAAUUAUUGAAGGACC